AGGGAGAGCGAGGGAGAGAGAGAGUCAGUCUAUGUUACCAGUGUCAAAGAAGUGCCUCCUUCUCUGUAGCGUCAGUCGCCUCUCACCCUUCAGUCACUAGUCAGCUCAUCAGCUGGUAGAAAAAGUUUAUUUCUCUCUCGGCAGCUUGCGUCAAAGAGAAAACCCCGGUUGCCACUGCGUCUUUACGCACGGAGGAUCCCGUUGCGCGCCCUGCAGCCAGAACCCCCUGUCCAGUUGACUCAUCGCCGGAGCGCUCCUCUGUGGAUAUUCCCGCUCCGCGCAGGAAGAGCGCACCCCGGCGAUGGACGACGAGUUCCUCUCCAACUUACCCCCGGCCCUGUCCGGAGACUCCGAGGCUCUGAGUCCCAACUCCACCGAGGAGCCCGGCUGGUGGGCGUCCUCGGACGGCGGGGAGACGGUCCACUUCGCCGUGCGCUGCGUCAUGACCUCGGUAUACAUCCUGAUCAUCACCGUGGGUCUCCUGGGCAACAUCACUCUGGUGAAGAUCUUCAUCACCAACAGCGCCAUGCGCAGCGUGCCCAACAUCUUCAUCUCCAGCCUGGCGGCGGGGGACCUGCUGCUGCUGGUCACCUGCGUGCCCGUGGACGCCUUCCGCUACUUCUCCGAGGAGUGGGUGUUCGGCGAGGCGGCGUGCAAACUCAUCCCCGUCAUCCAGCUCACCUCGGUCGGCGUGUCCGUGUUCACGCUCACGGCGCUCAGCGCGGACAGGUACAAGGCGAUAGUGAACCCGAUGGACAUCCAGACGUCCAGUGCUGUCUUCUGGACGUGUCUGAAGGCUGUUUCUAUCUGGCUGCUGUCCGUCCUGUUGGCUGUUCCUGAGGCCAUUUUCUCACAAGUUGUCUCCAUGCAGGGUCACAGGGACAACACUAACGUCACCUUUGUGAACUGCGUGCCCUACCCGCUGUCCAAUCAGAUGCAUCCCAAGAUUCACUCUGUGAUGAUCUUCCUGGUUUACUUCCUGAUCCCUCUGGCCAUCAUCUCGGUGUAUUACUACCACAUCGCCCGCACGCUCAUCAAGAGCGCCCAUGACAUGCCGGGGGAGGUCAGCGAACACACCAAGAGACAGAUGGAGACGAGGAAGCGUCUGGCCAAGAUCGUGUUGGUGUUCGUGGGCCUCUUCGCCCUGUGCUGGUUCCCCAACCACGUGCUCUACAUGUACCGCUCCUUCCACUACCACGAGAUGGAUCUGUCCCUGGCUCACCUCGUCGUCACCCUGCUGGCCAGAGUCCUCAGCUUCUCCUCGUCCUGCGUCAACCCGUUCGCCCUGUACCUGCUCAGCGAGAGCUUCCGCAGGCACUUCAACAGUCAGCUGCAAUGUGGUCGAGGUCCCCGCCCCGAGCGCCAAGCCAGCUACCUGCAUAGCACCUCCCACAUCCGCCUCACCUCCAUCAAGAAGACCACGCCCACUGCCGCCAUCAUCGCUCCAGCGGCCAAUGGCAACUCCAGCAGACAAGAAGUGGCUCUGUGAUUUUCAUCCUGCAAACACAGGACUCCCGCAGCUGUGAGAGCAGGACAGAUAUUUUGGUGUGUAGUCUGUGUGGAUGGGUACAGGAAACGCUCCAGGCCUCGUAUCGGUUGAAUGAUUGUGCCAGUCGCUCCUGUCAUACUUCAUCAUCUACAUCCUCAACUUGGCAACCAAACAAAAAGUGCCUCUUUUUAAAUACAAGUUCAGACAUCAAAAGGAACAGCCAAAAUCAUCAGAUCUCCAGAUUUACUGAAAUAUGUUUGCUGAAAGUAGAAGUUAAAGUUUCAAGGAACGCUUUAACGCACCACGAGCCCGAGGCUGAGAGGACAGGCAGUCUUGUUGACAGCAUGGUUACCACAUUAGCACGUCUGCAGUGUUUUUUUUCUGUGCUAAGUUGCUGUAAUUGCUCUUCAUCUAUUUACUGACACAGUAUUGAUCCACAGAAAGGGGAAAUUUCGCCUGUCGUUUUGUCUGCUGCCUCUUGAUAAGGAGGGUCACACACAGAGCCACGUCCCCAGAGACCUCUUACUCAAGGACGUUUCAGAGAAUGUCUUGGACCGCUGAAGGACUGAACGUUUGACUCUCCAGUUAUGGGAUGGUGUAUCUGAACUCCUGCUACGACGACUACAGGAGAUUAAGGGAAUGCAUUUGUAGCAGCUAAAAACUACACAGAGCCUUGUAAACCAAAAAUAUCUCCCUGUGUGGAGGAAAAUCUCUUUGGUACAUGUUUGGUUUGGGGCUCUGUUGCUCCCUGUGUCCACCAGGCGCAACAGUUUGAUAGCUGAUGGCACUAAACGGAUUCUUGUGGGCUUUAUUUUCUGUUGUUUGACUUCACAUCAGUGGGAGCAUGUGCUGUACGCUUUUGCUAAACAGAAGAAAAAAAAAACUCACAUAAGUGCAGUUGUGUGAAAUGAUGUGCCAUAAUCCAGCACUGACUGCAACCUUGACUGGAGGAGUUUGCCCAUCCAGUCUACAUGUGGAUUGUGGAUUUGCAGGGUUAGGGUUGCAGCCGAGUGUGAAGCAGCGGGGGGGUGUCAUGCCCUCCAAGUCUAAGGCCUCGGUACUCCACCUAAACUGGGGAUUUCUCCCUCUGGGCUGGGAGUGUGAUUCUGCCCCAGUCAAAGGAGGAUCUCUGUUUACGAGUGAGGGUAAGAUACAACGUUGAGUUUUUUAGUGAAUGCCGGGUAAAAGGCCGGUACCCCUACUAAACUGGCUCAUGUGGCAAAUUCAACAUUCACCACUCUGCUUCUCUGAGUUUUUAUUUCUAAUGAAAAACUAUUCUUACUCACAAACUCAUUAAUUAAGAGAGGGAAAGGGAUUAGGUUUCUCAAGCCACCGGAGGGCUUUUAAUCUGAAACACAACACAAAUGAAUGAAGUGUUUACUUCAACAGAACCAGCAGCAAAUCCAUUUCAGGGACAAUAUCAAUUGUCUUCAUGACCGCCAUCUAAACAUUCGUUUAUUAUUCAUUUAUUAUGGAAGACUUAAUUCUCCAUGUGUGUUGAAUUCUGUGCUUGCCUGUGGAUAAAUGUAGCAUUCGUGCAUGACCUGCUGUGCACUGAGCUAAAAAUCCUGUCCAGUUUAUGGUAGCAAGGAUUUGGAAUGAAUUACCUGGUACCAACUGACGUCUCUAUUUUCACUAGUCCAUAAUAAUUACAUUCCAGGAAACUAUGUUUCUUAUAAGUUAUUAAAGUUAAAAUAAAGCGACAGAGAAACAUUUGUUUAUAUAUAUUCUCAACAAGUGGGACAUUUGAAGUGAAGACUUUCAAUUAUAGAUCCCAUCAGUGAUGAGGCACCUUUUCCCCGGGUAACUCGACAUAUUCCGAUAAUCCUGCUACCUGCAUUUGCUGUCAACCAAAGCAGAAUCACUUUUGUGUCAUGUGGUCAGAUAAUCUUCUUAAGAAUACUCUCAGCUCUCCGUGGAACAAGAUGGCCACCGCCGCCUAGCACCUGGUGCUCCGAGAGCCAAUACCCGCACCGAGCUCUGCACGCAUGCGUCUGUUUCUUUCCUGUAAAAAUAAGUCCCUGAUGAAUCUGCCAUCGUACAGAGACUAACAGACCCGUGUAGAGGACUAUUGUCAGUGCUUUGUGUUGCUGCUUUGGCUGAACUGAAGGUGAUGAAGUGUGUGUGCUCAGAUCGACGUGACGUUUCUUCAAAACAGCCGCUUACAGAAAAAGAACAUUUACGUGAUGUACAGUUGAUUACAUGUUGAUGUUGUCAUUUCUUUUUGCUUCUUUAAAAUGUUUGAUGUGUUUUUCAGCGCCAAGCAUGCUUCAUAUUUCUGUGUUUGAAAAUGAUGCUUGAAUCUCAUCAACAUACAUAAUAAAUGUUCCUUUGCGGGCGCACAUACACAGAACAAGACUGCAGCAAUUUGCCCGUUCUUGUACAGAAAUACUCCCCCCCCCCUUUUUUUAAGCGACAUUAAAGGCUGAGGUAGGACACAUUUCAGGGAAGCCUAACUUACUGGUUGUCGCUUCAGCCUCUUAGCUUCAAAUGAUCAGGUGCAAGUGCAGCUGCAAUUACAGUAGGUAGGUGGGUGGGUGUCAAUGUGUCUGAAUGCAGCUGUUGGUGGCUGUCAAUAUGCCCAUAGUAUAGAGUGGUGGAGCGGUGGGGGGCUAGACAGCUGCUGGUCCCUCAUUAACCGGAGGGAAGUUGAAGAUCAAAGCCUCGUUUCACAGACAUUAUCUAGACCGACUCAUUACAAGUGAGGACAGGGCUUCUGUGAUUUACAUGAGGGCUUAAACCUGUGACCCACCUCCUGGUCACGCUGAUGGUUGCAGCACCCCCCUGCUUCACACGCAGAGUACAACAGGAAAGGCCACACGGUGUUAUCCGUGUUAACGAAGGGCAUACUUGCCAACCUGGAGACCUCCAGCAUGGGGAUGAUUUAGAAACCAAAGCGGGGAGUCUGGGGUCCAGAGACGUUUGCAUCAUGGUCCUUUUUUAAAGAAAUAAAAAGCAUAAUUGUAAGUACACUGCCACAGCACUUUAUGUUAAAUACUUUGGAUUUUACUUCUCAGGAAAGAAAACAGAAUAAUACACCCUUCUGGCCGAAUCUCUUCCAGGAUGUAGUAUUAGUUUCUCUUAGUACUUUCCAUUUCUCUCCCCAUCUCUCACUCACUGGAGAAGGUGAGAGGUGCGAGCAGCUCUCUUAGACGCCACCUGACAGGAACUGACAUUUGGUGCAGCCGUAUUCUUGUCUGGGUGGAAACAGAAGACUUUUAGAGUUGUAAAGCUUAUACACGCUGUACAAUCAGAAACAGCUUGCGAUAACAAAGGGAGGAAAAAACGUGACGAAUUGUGACCCAGAGAAGAAACCAGGAGAGGGCCAUGAAAAUCUGGAGGGUUGGCAAGUAUGAUGAAGGGGCCUCGUCUUCACAAAGCAGAGGGGUGCUCAGGGAUAUUUGUUGUAUUCCCCUGAUCCAUAGGAACACUUGUUAGUCUGGUCCAGAUUUAAAACUGCUAACAGUUUAGACGCAGAGAUGAUGAGACACUUCACACAUGAGACACAUUAAUCAGCCACUGGCUAUGCUGCUCCGCCCUAGCUGCGCUGGCUGAAGCUGUGGAUCUGCUUAUUGAUCAGACUACGGCUGCAUUUGUGGUUGAAUUUAUGAUGCUAUGGAAAUGGCGACAUCAGCUACACCGUGACUAUUGUUUACUGCUGCUACGGACAGGAUUUGAACCUGCAGAUAUCUCACGUGUUACCAAAACACCAGGACUUCAUACAGCAGCUUCAAGACAACGCUCAGCUAGCACAACUAUGCCAGCUAGUUCCCUCUGUAGCUGCAAUGUUACAGCUGAGGUCAGGCCCACUGGUGCAGUGCCCACAGCCAGCGGCGGCCUAAUAAAUAAUGCAUAAUACUACAUCAUAAUACAGCUCAGCCUUUCUCUAUGGAUCAGAGGGAAUGCAAAAUAAUAUCAGAAAUCAAAUCCUACCAUGACCAUACCGAGGACUUUGUCACUUGAAGUUGCGCCCUGCUGCGCAGACUUUAAUACAAUAUGAUGGAACAUUUGACCACAGAAGAAAUAGGAACACAGUUUUUAAAUGCAAUUGUGCCACCAUGCUAUUAAUCAAAUAUUUUAUGUUUUUGCUCAUAAUUCUUGAAGCUUGAGGGACUGAAGCAAUUUCUUUCACAUGAAUUUCUUCACUUUUUUUUUCUCAAAACUCUCAGGUUUUCCCAAUGGUUGAGAAACAUUUAAUCUGCAUGUUAUAUACGCCAGCUCCUGGAUGUGCAACAAGAGCAGACUCUGUCCUGAGAAUCAAUAAGCUGAAAGUCUACGAGGAGACUACUGUGCAUACGUGUAGAAUUAGCUUGGUACUUAAAGUAAAUAUGUUUAUUCACUCUCUGAUAAUGCCUGCCUUCUGUGCAUCCAAUCACACCAAUCUUUCUGAGAAAACACAAAUCACUUCUCUGUUUCUCCUCUCAGGCUUCACUUUUACAUUUUUCUCUUCUAUUUUCUCUCUUCUUCCUCCUGCAGGUGAUCACAUGAUCACAUGUAUGUGUCUAUAGCACUGGCCUUAGCAAAACAUCGUGUCUACUGCAUGUGACCGUUUGUUGUUACAUUGUUGGUGUUUAUGAUCCCACGAGAAAAAAACAACGUUGGAGACUUUUCAUCGGGCUCCACAAACACUUAAAGAGUUAUACUUUUUCUGCUGAUAGUUAUGUUUAUAAAGUCCAGUCAUAAGCCAGACUGGGCGACUUCCCACACAACUGGGCUACAUUUUUACUUGAGGUAAAAAUAGUUUUAGGCGUACUUUUCAUAAAAUUUAUGUGGUUUGUACUGACAAAACUUGAGGCAAAGUUCAGAUAGCUCAGCUCAAAUGACGAAAACAAAUGUCAUUAUAGUUUUUUAAACUUUUUCCAUUCCAAUUAUUCAUGUUUUUCCACUGACUUUGUGUGUAAUUGUGCCAAAUCUAAUAUUCACUUCAGUGAACAUCAGAUUGAGUUAUCAAGAUUAGCGUAUGAUGAUUUCAGCAUUAUAAGAUUACAAUGCUGCAAAUGUUUGUUAAUAUGCGAUACAUUAGCACAUUACAUGCUAAUUACAUGAUACACAUCUGCAGACAUGCAUCCAGUUUUUUUCCCCCCAUACUAGCCUUUUAAAUGAGUGAUCAACUCGUACAAUAGCAUAGGCCGACCCAAACAUCAGCAGGGACGGUGUUAUUGGCAGAUUGGAGCAUCAGCCGUCUAACUUGUUCCUUUUCUAUUCUUUUUUCAAUCUCACGGCUUCUCUUUGACUUUGCUGUCAGUUUGCCGUCAAUCUCUCUCCUCUCCACCUUGUGUACAUAUCUCCCUGAACCCCCACCACAUUUUAAAGUAGACCUUCUUUUUUUCCGUAAUAGGAAAAGGCAUGGCAUCAGGCAUGUUUAAAGUAUGAGUCUAGUGAUAUUAUAUAUUUUUCUAAUUGUCAACAAAUCCCACGGAAAGACUAAAACCAACAGCGAAUGAAUCUGCUAACAACAUGAGGAACAGUAGGUACAGCCAGCCCGUUCUCAAUCUCGAGCAAACCUGUCAUCACUGGGUUUUAAAAAUAAGAAAACAAACAUAAAAAAAAACAAAAAGCGCUCCGCACAUGUGUGUUUUUAGGGCUCCAAUGCAUCAUCCAACUUGAACCCCUCAAAGCUGCUCUUCUUCCUCCUCUUCUUGUCACUUAGCCAUGUUUCCAUCCAAUUGCGAAUUUUAAGCAUACUUUUGGAAUGUCGCGGGAAAAAACAAAACUAAAGCAUUUGCGAAAUCUGUGCGCUUCCAUCAGCCUGUUCGGAGCGAAUAAACCAGGCUACGGCGAGCGUAGCUACGGCGAGCGUAGUUACGUCGGUUUGAUGUUACACAUGGCUGUAAUAAACAAGACGUACAGGUUCCAAACCAGAAACAAAAUCUGUCGCAUGAACCUGAUGGUCAUUUAUCUUGGAAAAAUGGAGAGAGGUCCUCAGGAAUGUGUUUGAAGCGGGCAAGUUGCUACCAGCCAUAUCUCCGCACGUUAUGGGAAUAUCCGGUGUUAUGCCGAGUUUUGCAAGCACCUCUAAUUACUGCUUUUAAACGCUAUAAUAUCCUUUGUAGGGUUAAUGGUGAUAAAGUAUGUAUUUUAUGAACGUUUAGAGUCAUUAAUAUUUUAUUACACUCAGUAGAAGCAGCAGAAGUGAGAUUCAUCUAAAAUAUGCGGUGAUAACCGCGUUUGAUCAGUGUGCAGAGCAAAGUGUAUGAAAAGGACAUUUAAGAGGUGAAUGCAUAAUUCAGCAGAACAGCUGAUGAAGGCUACCUGCCCAGAUCUGCAUCCACCUCUUUUCUCAGCACAAAUGAGCUGCAGGAAAUUCUCAGCAGACGUGCAGAACUCUGCACAACCGGGCAAGACAGCAGAAACAGCCGAUCAGACGCGAGUUACAUGUUCGCUGCGUCAGAACUUAUUCGGAAAAAGUGUUUCCAUCUCCAAUUUAGCGCAUUUACCCUUUUCGACAAAGGCAAUAACCACCUCAAGCGAGCGUGAAAACAUUUUUGCGUUUCCAUCGACCUUUUCUAAUGCAAUACUUCAAAAUGCGCAUUAAAAAACGUUGAUGGAAACACGGCCAGUGUUACAGCUAACGCUCUACAUACUGCCACCUGCUUUACUGGAGGGUAGAAACAUUUCAACGGGAUUGAACUGGAAAAUCCAGGAGAAUCGCAGUAAAACAGGAGGGUUAACAGGUAUGAUCCAAUGGCGUCAAGUACUUAUGCUUUGUCACGUCUUACAGCAUCUGGUACCAACGCAAAUGGCAGCCUUUAUGGUCAUAGUUCAACCCACUGGGGGAAGCCCUUUAGCAUCAUUGUUUAAAGCUAAAAGCAGGUUUACGGGCACAUUUACCAGGAGACCGGUGUUGGUUUGUAUGAAACAAUAAGUCAACAUUGAUUGUUUUUAGUUAAGUUACAUAAGAAACGUUAUUUUAACCCAAACUAUGAUCUUUCCCUAAACCUAACCAGUUAGUUUUGUGGCCUUAAAUCUAACCAAAUUGAGACACAACGUUAACCACUAAUUUUAUUGUGGAAGUCUAACCGGACAUUUAUUUACUGUUGCUAACUUGACCGCCCUGCCCUGCCCUGGGAUGAGAACGGGUUGUUACAGCAACAAACCUAACCUUAAACACUUUAAUAUAACUUGAAGCUCAAACUGAACAUCGUUUUUUAAAAGUGUAACAUUAUCCAACAGUAAUUAAAAGCUUUUAAAAUUAGAGGGGAUGCAUCAGAGUAUAUUGCAUCAUUUGGGGUUGAUCAGUUUAAUUUAGCCCAUCACACCUCCAGAAGAUGAGCGGUCUAAUAAAUGAGAAGCUCUUAUUCCUCUGCACAAACGUAAACCCUGUUAACUACUCAUCCAAUCAGUGCCCAACAUGGAAACAGGGAUGUAUUAGUCAUCUGUGGAUAGAGGUCUGGGACACAGUUCUGGGCCCAGGGCCAAGGGGACCAAUGUGCAAUUAACACAUUCAAGACUUUCAUUAGCAAGGAUCAAAGGAUCAGAAGCUCUGUUCUCCUCCUAGGAAUAAAACUGACCCGUGUGAAUGUUUGAAUUUUAUCUUUCACUGCUUCGGUCCCGGAGUCAAACUGAGUUUCUGCACACACGGAGGAAACGUCACUGACAAACUGAAAACGUUCCGAUGCUGCUUAAGUAAAGAUUAUUUGCUUUUCAAUUUUUAAAAAGUGAAUGAAAACUUUGAAUCAGUUAAACCAACACAUUCUCACUCCCAACUCGUCACAUAUUGACGCUUGGUCAAGGCCCUUUGGCGUCGCUUUUUAAAGUCCUGGGUACCUCUUUAGCGUCAUGUUUAGACGUUUAGGGCUCCGCGGUCAAGUUAGUAACGCUUAGCAACAACAAAUAUGCAACGUCCGGUGAAGGUAGCAACAAUACAUUUACAACGUCCGAAUUUCAAAAUAAAACGCUAGCGUCUCGAAACAUCCGCAUUUUGAAAUGGCUCGUUAUUAAAGUUGCAAAAUGUUGCAAUUUGGUUGGGUUUAGGCAACAAAAACUAGUUGGUUAGGGUUACGAAAGGAUCAUGGUUUGGGUUAAAGUAACUAUGUAGGCCAGUUAACAUGUAAGUUAACUUCCGUAACUUAAACAAAAGUAGUUAAUGUUGACUUUUAGUUUGACACUGGACACGAACCCUGGUCUCCAGGUUCCACCUCCUUACUCAGUCUGUUAAAUAUCAUGUACCUGCCUUUACUGUCACAAACCAACACUACAGGGCUUCCCCCACUGCGUUGAACUACGACGCUAUAGGGAUCCCCAGUGCGUUCCAAGUUGACGCCGAUGGGUCUCGACCAUGCGUCCAUAUGUGACGAGUCGGGGAGUGAGAACGGGUUGGUAAAACACAGAUAACAGGAAGUGAAGGACAAAAACACAAUGAAAAAGUAAAUGUUUAAACUAGUUAAUGAUAGAAAAGAAACCCGUGGCUUUCAGCUGGAAGAAUGUUACGUGAUGAAACUGCAUUGUGUUGAAUUAUAUCUUGUGUGUUAAGGUGUUGUACUAUGUGGGUUAUGGUUUAAUAAUACUGUCUGAAUUAAGUUUUCUCUGUAUUAUUUGUGUAUUUUUGAUGCUUUUCUAAAUGUGUUGCCUCCACAAUGAUGCUUAUUGUAAUGUGCCCUUAAUAAAGUACAAUCACAGCUUU